UCCCCUAGGCAGGUCAAAAUUGAGAACGCAUAAUGCACACCAACUUUCUUUGGUGUUCUCAAUUUCAAUUUGAACAUUUAGAUGAAUCGGAUUUUAUUGACUAUUUCAAAAUAACUUGUAGAACUUAUCCGAAAUAACAGGGCAGUAGCUUCGUAAAUAACUUAAACAGGUAGAGCGUUUUGGAUAACGAAAAAAGUGCAUUCAACAUGGGAGACAUAAAGGCUAAGAUUGAUAUGAAAAUAAAAGGGAAGAAGGUGAUGGUGUUUUCAAAGUCCUACUGCCCCUACUGUACAAUGGCUAAGGAGGCGCUUAAGAAGUACGUUGGGUCCGUGUUGCCCACUGACCAGUACGAGGUGUGGGAGAUUGAAAACGAGGGCGACUGUCAGGUCAUACAGAACGAACUUAAGAAGAUUACUGGCGCAUCAACGAUGCCCCGAGUGUUCAUCAACGGGAAGUGCAUAGGAGGCGGCUCGGAAACCCAGGAUUUGGACAAGCUUGGGGAGCUCAAGAAGAUGUUGUCCGCUUAAACCAUAAACCACCGGGUUUAUGGAUAAACAUGUUACCCAAAGGACAAAAAAUGCGCUUUUAUGAGAUAAAGGAUUUUUAUUUAAUAAUAAGCUCUUAAUUUAACGGUAAAUCCAACAACCGAAUAUGACAACAACUUAAUUUGAAUUCUUGACGCUGACCCUUUCAACAAUUGCUGGCAUAUUGUUUUAAGUUCGAUACGCGAUAGAAAUAAUAACCAAAAGGAUUAGGGUAUGGUAAACGUUCCGGCGAAUAAUUCAUGUGUUUAGACUUCAUUCUAUUUUGUCACUGACCAAAUUCCAGAACUCUGAACUGCAUGUUAGCAGAAUUAUGCUCCUUAUUGUACUGAUCAAAUUUGUUAAGAUAAACGUGCAACAUCUCCAUAUCACUGUGUGUACGACAUGAAUUAAAUUUAAUUUUCAAACAUG